AUUACCCAUCACUGCUCAACACUGCUGUACAUAUGUAUAUGUCAUUAUGUUAUGUCAAAUUCAAUCGUUUGGCAUUGUUGAGCAUUAAAUCAAGAUUUAAAAAGUUCAGCAAUUUUGUUGAAAUUUUGCAAAUCGUUAAUUGAAGGAAUCCGUUUCGUGUCAUCGAAAAAAAAUGAGUGGAAGAUCACAGAUAACAACAUUGAACGGUAAAAGAUUACCGGGGGGAAAUAUACCAGUAAGACUCCAUUCAGGACCACAACAUGAUAGCGAAUCAUCACCCCAACACUUUGAUUUAAUAAAAUACAUUUACGAUUCAUGGAAUUCCGUUUCGAAAGAGCUCGAUACGUGUCACAACCAUUCACUUGCUGAUUCACAAAAUUAUCGAAACAAUGUAUCCGUGAGUUAUUACCAAGAGAGGGAACCAAAUCCAGAAAUCAAAGACUUUGAACCGUUUAAUCUGGAGGCAUGGUGGGGUCAGCGAGUGGUCCAGAGUAUAACGCGAAAUGCCAACUCCUAGUGUGAGGCCUUAUAUAUUAACUAAUAUCGCACAUACAGGUAUCAAAAACAUACGAAAAAAUUUUAAAAAAGUUUUUUUAAUUUAUUACCAGCUUAUUUCUUCAGAUGAUUUUAACAAUUAUAUUUCUUCGACUCAUCAAAUUGAAAUUUACUGCUUUGAAAAAAAAAGCAAAACAAUGCCUUAGAAUCAAUGAAAAACCAAUAAUGUCAAUUCCAGUAACCAAUUAAUAAAACAAAUGAAAUAAAAAAACAAUAUGUACUAAUUUUCAUGUAAUUGAUAUACAGUCAGAAGCUUCAAAAUGAGCAAUUAGACUUUCCUAGUAAAUUAAAAUUCUCAUAACGAAAAAAGUAAACAAGUUAUCGCAUCGUUCAAAUUUUAAAGUGAUGUAAUGCCUAUAAAAAAUAGCUCUGACUUAAGUGUGAAUGAUGUAAAAUUAGCAGUUAAUAAAAAUGUAGUAUUUAGUUAAUUGCAAAGAGCCAGAUUUAAUAAUUUCCAAAAAUGUUAUAUGCAUGUAAACAUGUUGUAGAUAUUCAAAUAAUAUUAAUAAAUAUUGUUCCGGGUCGAAA